AUACCAAAUAGCAAUAUAACCAAUCUGUAUAUAUUAUAUGUAUGAACCAAAGUAUAACGAGAGAGAGAAAAAAAUUCAUAACAUCGAACAAAGUGUAAAUUUGUUUUUGUUUUUUCAUCAUCAUCAUUUCAAUGUUUAAGUUUACCACACAUUGACAAGUUUUGAGUGAUGAAUUUUAAGUGAUUCUACAAUAUAUACCAUCAUUCUGGACUGAUUGAUUGAGCCCGAUUUUGAUUUCAAUUGAUUUUCGGGCUGUUUUAAAUUUUUUCAUUCGAUUGUAUUAUCAACAUUUUAUUUCCGCAAUUGUUGAGAGCUUGUCCAGUGCACCAUAAUCAUCGUCAGUUAUCCUGGUAAACCGAAUCUAGAUCAUCAUUAUUUAAAUCGUUUUUUUGUUAUUCACAUUUGGCGGUCAUUGAUAUGGAACGAUUAGUAAGAGGUUCUGAUUUGAAAAAAGAAAAUGAAAUCCUCAUGAAAGCAUCGGUUUUAGAUGACGAUGAAAUUGAAGAAGAUGAUGAAGUGGCUGCUGCAACUGCAUCAAAAAUACCAAGAGAUAUAUCUAAUCAUAGUGAAUUAAGUGUUAAAGAAAUUUCGGCACCAUACACUGUGCCACAUUAUCCAAUCGAAUUGGAAGAACAGAAAAAAAUUGCCGCCCAACAAUUGGCACAACAAAUUGCAUUAAAAGAAUUGGAAGAACGUGCAAUACAUGAUGAAGAAAGUAUAUCGAAUGCUGGUAUACAACGUAUUCAACAUGCAGAAUCGAUUGAUCCAACUGCGUGUUUAGCUGGUCAAACGACAUCGUCUAUUCUAAAUCAAUUGGAUUUUCAACGUGUUUAUAUUUCUGGUGAAUAUUCAUUCGGUGCUGAAGAUCCAAAAAUAUAUCAAUCAUUACGAAGAGCAAUGCGUUUAAGAGAAAUCUACAUGCAAGAGGCAUUUCAAACAUUUCCAGAGAUGGCUAAACGUAUUUUACAUCGAACACAUAAAUCAAGUUAUCAACCGGAAACCGUUAAUUAUGAUGAACCGCCUGUCAUUGCCGAUCCUUGGAACAUUAAGAUUCCCGAAGAUUUAAAUUGUAUACUAAAAAUAGAAGAUGGUGUCAUUCAUGUCUAUAAGACUAAAGAAGAUUUUGAAGGAAAAAAGCGAGCUUAUAAUUUACGGCCAUUCAAUAAUUUUAUUGAAGAUAUGAAAUUCAUGUGCAAUAUUAUUACCGAUGGCCCAUUGAAAUCACAUUGUUACAAACGAUUAGCCUAUCUUACAUAUAAAUAUCAGCUACAUGUUCUUCUUAAUGAAAUGAAUGAAUUACGAUCACAGAAAGCCGUACCGCAUAGAGAUUUUUAUAAUACACGUAAAGUUGAUACGCACAUUCAUGCCGCUUCUUGUAUGAAUCAAAAACAUUUGUUACGUUUCAUUAAAAAAACGAUCAAAACACGACGAAAUGAUUAUGUUUGCCUUGAGAAUGGUAAACCAUUAACAUUGGAACAAGUGUUUGAUUCAUUGAAUUUAACAAGCUAUGAUCUAAGUGUCGAUAUGUUGGAUGUACACGCCGAUCGUAAUACAUUUCAUCGUUUCGAUAAAUUCAAUGCCAAAUAUAAUCCUAUUGGUGAAUCAAGAUUAAGAGAAAUUUUUCUUAAAACCGACAAUUAUAUCAAAGGUGUUUAUUUUGCCGAAAUUCUUAAAGAAGUAAUGAAUGAUCUAGAAGAAUCCAAAUAUCAACAGGCUGAAUUACGUUUGUCAAUUUAUGGUCGAAAACCAAGCGAAUGGGAUGAUUUAGCCAAAUGGGCACUCACAAACAAUGUUUAUUCCGACACUGUUCGAUGGAUAAUUCAAAUUCCUCGUUUAUAUGAUGUAUAUCGAGCAAACAAGAUUCUUGAAAAUUUCGAACAAAUGUUGGAGAAUAUAUUCAUGCCGCUGUUUGAAGUGACGAACAAUCCAAAUUCUCAUCCAGAAUUGCAUGUCUUUUUACAUUAUGUAACUGGAUUCGAUUCGGUCGAUGAUGAAUCAAAACACGAGAAUCCAAUGUUUGAUAAAGAAAUUACGUUACCAAACAAAUGGUCCGAUGAAGAGAAUCCACCAUACAAUUACUAUCUAUAUUACAUGUAUGCCAAUAUGGUCAUUUUGAAUCAUUUCCGCAAAGAACGUGGAUUCAAUACAUUAGUUUUGCGGCCACAUUGUGGCGAAGCUGGCAAUAUUCAACAUUUGAUCGGUGGAUUUUUGUUGGCCGAAAAUAUUAGCCAUGGUCUUUUGCUUCGAAAAGUACCCGUUUUACAAUACCUGUACUAUUUGACUCAAAUUGGAAUCGCCAUGUCACCAUUGUCUAACAAUUCAUUGUUUUUGAAUUAUCAUCGAAAUCCAUUGCCGGAAUUCGCUUCUCGUGGCCUUUGUGUAUCGCUUUCGACUGAUGAUCCGUUGCAAUUUCAUUUUACAAAGGAACCUUUAAUGGAAGAAUAUUCGAUUGCCACACAAGUGUGGAAAUUAAGUAGCUGUGAUAUGAGCGAAUUGGCACGUAAUUCGGUAUUAAUGUCUGGUUUUCCUGCUGAGUUCAAACAACAUUGGAUCGGAGCUAAUUAUCAUCGUGAAGGUGUGGAAGGAAACGAUAUACAACGGACCAAUUUGCCUGGAAUUCGUGUUUCAUAUCGAUAUGAAACUUUAUUGGACGAAUUGGAUCAUUUACGAUCGGAUGAUAAAAAUUGGGAACGACAAAAAAGAACAUCGGUUACGGACAAAACGCACUCGAAAUCAUCGUUGCCGCACAAACGAUUAAUUUGAAUAAUAAGGACGAAAAUAUUUUAUUUUUUAGUUUUCAAAAUAUUAAAUUACCACAAAUCAUA